CUUGCAGCAAGACGAUGUCUUCUGUCUGCAUCCUAUACAGACCCCAGAAUAUGGGAGCAGAGAGAGCCGGAUCCACAAAACUUAGCUGAAUUAGCUGCGUUAAUGGACCGGACCUAUGACAGGAAGCUGCCUGUGAGCUCUCUAACGAUAUCUCGGUUUGUUGACAACAUAACUUCAAGAGAAGAAAUUGAUCAAGCAGAGUAUUAUCUCUACAAGUUCCGUCACAGUCCAAACUGCUGGUACCUUAGAGACUGGACCAUCCACUCCUGGUUUAGGCAUUGUCUCAAACAUAAUGCCCGCGACAAGGCCAUGUACACCCUAAAGAACAAGGUACAGUUUGGAAUGUUUCCAGAUGAUUUUACCUUUAACCUUCUCUUAGACUCCUCCUUAAAAGACAAAGACUAUAAAGGAGCCUUCUCAGUUGUUGAAGAGAUUAUGCUGCAGGAGGCCUUUGACCUGCCCUCCACCCAGAUCCUGUCACUUUAUGCACUGGCCAGUUACUUUGUCACUAAGCCUAAACUCACAUGGGAGGAGGAACGCAACCUGGGAGCAUCGCUGCUAAUUGCCGGCCUGAAACAGGACAAUUCUGUGGGCUUCAGCAGCCGGCUCCUCGGCUGUUCUCUUCUCGGUAAAGUGGAAAUGUCAAGGGGCAUUCGCGCCGUCUUCAGUGGCGCACCUCUGAUGUGGACCCCAGGCUACCUCAACAGGGCCCUGUUAGUCAUGGAGAAGGCGUGCUCUGCAGCUGAACAUGUGAAAAUAUCACAGGAAGCACUUGAUUAUCUGAGUGGACUGUUGCAAGAGCUCUAUGCUACUAGAACUGCGGAAACUGAGGGAGAGGCCAAGACUGAGGAGGCUAUAGAUGAAGAGGACCAACUGGAGAGGGCGAAGGUCCUUGAAUAUGCCAGCAGGUUUAAGGACCUGAACAGCCAACUACAGUCCUUGGGUCAUAUUGACACCCAUGGUCUCCUGGCCCUGAACUCUAGCUUGGCGCAGGAGGAGCUGGGUGCGGCAGAGGCAGCAGACCUGGUGCAGUACAAAGAGAGGUUGCUGGAGUGGGAGCGGGAGCGCCGGGCACUGGUCCAACGGGAGGAGGAGCAGAGGGAGAGACUGCAGCAGCAGCGGGAGGCUAAAGCAGCAGAGAAGGCAAAAAAGUCAGCACGGACUAUGAGGCGUCGCUGAGCUGCCCACCACUCCUCCAGACAGUCUCCACGGGGAACAGAGGAUUUAAAUGCACUUCACUGGGUGUUUCUAUUGAGUGCUGAGGCACUGUGACAGUCAUGUAAUGCGCAACAUGUUCUUGGAGCCUAAAGCUUGUUGGUAACUCAUCUCGCAAAGGCCAAAGAAUUUGUUCUCAAACAGAAAGUACCAUUUAUCGCUUGUGUUCAGUGUUGCCUCACCAGUUUCACCACAGCGGGUUUGAAACAAUAUUAAAGUGCAGUAUAUGCAUUUCUGAAUAAAGGCCUGAAAGCUUUUCUCACAGUAUCUUAAUUUCAUUAGUAAUUGUUGAAAAAGACCUGUCCUUACAAGGUUCUUUCAGAUGUUUAUUUGGUUUAAAUUCCUUCUUGAAUGUAGUUUGAGGUAAUAAAGUUUCUGGCACUGUAUGGGUUUUGAUUUUUUUUCCCCCACUUUAAAGGUGUUCUUUCUAAAGAUGGUUGUAUACUUCAACUAUAUACUUGCACCUUGUUAUGAACAACCAAAUUACAAAUUUUUGAAGAUACAAGCAUUUAAGUUUUUCUUUGCCCUUCCACUGCAAAAUGUAGUAAAUGGAAGCUCUGAUGGAACUGUUGGGGGAUGGAAGUGGGCAGCUUUACAGAGGGAUUAUGAUUGUGGUUUUUUUUUUUUUUUUCUUUUUUUUUUUACUUUGUUAUUGCUGUAUCUGAGACUUUAACAGAAACUACCCUGGAAAUAAACAGAGGUUUAUCUCUUAUUAUGCUUUGAGUAAGGGUUUGUGGAGAUUUUUUUUUUUUUCCCAGUCAGCUUUAACUUUAGUGUUGGUUCAUGCUAAUAAA